AUGGGAAAUGGAUAUAAUCAUCGUCUUCGAGAGCGGAACAUGCAUUUUAAUCACAAGCUAACUUUCUUUCCCAUCUUGUGUUCCAGACCAUCCAUUAAGGAUGUCAGCCUCCCCAAAUGGAAAGACAAAUCUGAGCCUUUGUCCCCCAAGAUCAGUUGCAUGGGACAAGUGACGAGGAGUAACAGGGUUGUUGUGUGUCCUGCUUCCCACAAAUUCAGUGUCACCACCAAGAACGAUAAUGGCAUCAAGUAUUUCAAGCUCAAUAAGCUGUUCUCCGGGAAGAAUCUAACCGGCACCCCUGUCACCGCCGCCACAACCACCGCCACCAGUUGCCGAAGAGAGGAGAAUUCGGUUUCAGUCAACAUUGAGAACAUGGAUCCACCGUUGCCUGUGACCAAGAGAGUUCGGAAACAAGGUGAAAAACAGGAUGGGGAUACUCUUUGGGAGAGGAGAUCCCGUGGGGUUGUAUUGAAAAACUUGCAACUCCAACAGAUUCAACUCAACAAACAUCAAGUACCCAUCACAGUUGAAAAGUGA